GUUCCCUUGGCUUCCUCUCGCUCGCGAGACAGCGAGCCCAGCAACUUGCCUUGGUGAUCCACGGCAUUCAAGAUAAAGGCUACCUGGAAUUUAUAGCGCAAAAGAGACAGAGGCAAUGCGGAAAUAGGUGGACAAUUCAUGUCACCAAUUUUGCAUCCCACUCCAGGCUGAGGAUCUGAGAGUUCGCGGGGAUUGCAAUUAAGUGACAAGAAUUAUUUUUUAUUUUUUCUCCUUCCUUUUUCUCAUAGCGCUUAAAUUACCAGAUUUAAACUACACUUCACGGAGGAUUUGAAAUAUUCUUUUGCGUUUGACAGUGGGCUGAGAAGAAAACAAAUUAUACCCGAGGGUCAAAGCAACACUUUUUUUCUUGUGAGCAUCAACAUGGACGUGUUGGCGAAUUACAGUAUUUUUCAGGAACUUCAGCUGGUGCACGACACGGGCUACUUCUCGGCGAUGCCGUCGCUGGAGGAGAACUGGCAGCAGACAUGUCUGGAACUGGAAAGGUACCUACAGACGGAGCCCAAAAGGCUUUCGGAACUCUUCGACGAGGAACUUGACUGCCUCCUCACGCCAGCCUUCAUGAAGGGAGACAGCGACGAGGACCUGAUGGACCCUCUGCUGCCCAAUUUAUCGGAUGAGCCCAGCCCCCCACCUCUGCUGGUAUCCCUUCCCAAAAACCUCCAUGCCCCAGCCAACACCAAGAGUACUGACGCAGGGCUAAAAGAAGCCAGCGGAGGAGUUAAUCCCGCCCAGCUAAACGCAGUCACGUCCCUCACGCCACCUUCCUCCCCUGAAUUGGGACGCCAUCUUGUCAAGCCCACGCAGACUCUUACCGCCACAGCUGAUGGCACUCUCACGCUGAAACUGGUGGCCAAGAAAGUCGGACUUGGGGCAGCAAAGUUAGUGGCGACGCAUUCGCUACCUUCGCCACCAAAUCGUGGUGCACAGAGCGAUGGAGAAGGAGGCCAGGGAACGGUAGGCGGAGGAGACAUCCCAGAGAACAAAAAGAGGGUCCAUCGUUGCCAGUUUAAUGGCUGUAGGAAGGUUUACACAAAAAGCUCCCACCUAAAGGCACACCAGAGGACACAUACAGGUGAGAAGCCUUACAAAUGCUCCUGGGAAGGCUGUGAAUGGCGUUUUGCACGAAGCGACGAACUGACGAGGCACUACCGCAAACACACUGGUGCCAAACCUUUCAAGUGCAACCACUGCGACAGAUGUUUUUCCAGGUCUGAUCACUUGGCUCUGCACAUGAAGCGACAUAUCUAAGGCCAAGGGAGACGGGAGAGAGAGAGAGUGAGAGAAAAGAGUGAGAAUGAAGAGAAGAACAUGUGUGCACCGCCCAUUCGGGAACAUUCACAACAGACUUUGGGUGCACACAAGGGGUCUGGCCGCAAACAUCACCAGUAGGAACAUGCGAGGCAGCGUGGGCAAGCGUUGUUGGAUUCUACACCCUCUCAAGACAGUCCAAAAGCCUUUUCAUCAGCGAUUAGCCAUGCCUUACCGAGCGUUAGCUUGGAGGUCAGACACUGCCAAACACCACCUUUUUUUUCCCCCCUCAUUCUCUUUUUGUACAGUAAAUCACCAAUAGCAUGGGACGGUAGACUAAACGCUACAUGUACAAAACCGAAACGCACAUGUCAUUCAUCACUUAACAUAAUGGUUCUACUAGAGAAUCAACGUUCAUUGUACAUUCUGGAACUUCCUUCUUUUUCUUUUUCCAAGGACACAUCACAAUAACCAACCUGCAGCUAUGUCGUAUACAGCAAGCAACCAAACACGGAAAACAACAUUGCCAAUACGUUCUGAGGAGUGACCAAUGGAAGUAGCGGCCAAACGCAAUGCACGGCCCCCGGAGCAGUCUCUGCGUGGGAAAAAUGAAAAACAAAAAAUACGGCAACGCUCAGGAUGUGUGCUGAUUUCUCGUACUCUUCGCUCAGGAGCGAACUCUUCUCUGCUCUUCAUGCCCGUCAACUCACGGGCGACCGAAAUGAUGCGCAGCGACACUUUCUUGCCUUUGUUGUUUUGUUGUUUUUUUUGUUUUUAAAAAGACUGUUAAAAAGAUGGUUUGUUUUCCUUCUGAGCUGAAAUGUCUUAAACUUCUGAAAAGUGAAAACUUUGCGAACACAAGCAUUAAUGUGCACAUACGGGCGGGAACUGUGAGCCCUUCUCAGUAUGCACAAGGUUCAGUGGCUGCUAUCUGGCACUGAAAUGAAACGUUUGAAGCAUAAGAUGGGAACAGAAAGACGGGGACUGCUGGCUUUGUAUGAAAGGACAGAAGUCUUCUAUUUUUCAUUUUGCUUAGCUCAGACUUGAUCCGGGAAAAGCGAACCAGAGCGCGUCGACACGGACCUUGUGUGAUGCUCUUGACACUGGAAAGAGUUCUUUUGCUUUGUGUUGAUGCUGGCACCCAUGUAAGAACGUAGUAGUCCGGUGCACUGGAGGAGACCAACAGAGGAGACGUUAUGGCGGGGAGGGACAGUUGGCAGGAUGUUUGACUCUCAGAUUAGAGCACCUGCUGGGAUAGGGAUCCAAAAGAACUCAGUGGCAUCAGCCCAGACAAACUUUGCCUGUUUCGUAUCCAUUGUCUGCACUGAUUUUUUCAAUGUUCUCUGUGCUUUUUUUCAUACAGUCAAAAAAUAAAAACUCAAAAACAAAACAAAAAAAAUCAUAAAAACAAAAAACAACUUGGAGGGAAAAAAAGCAGAAAACAAAACAAAAAAAAUACAUUAAAAAACUCUUUAACACAGACACACACACCACAAUGCAGACAGAAUGGUUUCUUUGCUCUUGGCUUUUUCCUGAGAAAAACUCGAGGAGAAAAAAAGUAGAACAAUAAUUACCAAGUUAAUGAACAGCGUUAAAACAAAACACUGCAUGGCAGCCUCUUUCAGACAGAUACACGCACUUGCACACAUACAUGCGCAGCUUGCCUCUCAGCAUUAUUUGUUUUGCACCGAAAUCUUCACAGCAGGGUUUUAGCAAUUGUUGUUUUGUAGGAUUGCGUUCCAUCCAGACGUCAGACGUUAAAUCGAGAACUUGUUGAUACACUUGAGUAAAUUAUGCUAAACCAGGCCUAGGUCUAGCUCUGUGUUAACAAUCAGCUUCCAAAUAGCGGGUACAAAAAAUAUAUCAUCGUUCCCAAGGUUGUGAAGCCUGCCGUGGCGUCGCAAUCAAGGCGUUUCCCUGCCGGCCCUCCUCUUCUGCAUUGAUUUAAUGGCUGUAAGGGUGGAGGGGAGAUUGAAAGCCAUUACGAUUCAGCGGUAACAUGUUCGUAGUCAUCACAGACUCUACUAAACGAUCCCAGAGUAUCCCUCAGGGGACCGCCAGAGCUUAACGUUCGAUACCGAAACUCUCAGCGCAGAACUGCCUAAGAGUGAAGGGUUGGUGCCUUUCUCUUGGUUUUAGGCCUGCUGAAGGCAGCUCCUCUAUCACACAUACACCGAUUCUCACACACACACAGUCACUUUGGUUUAACCACAACUACACAUUUGAUUUCAGUUGCCGUUUUCAAUUGAUUUCCUUUUAUUUCCAAGUCAUUUUCUCCAUUGAAAUGCAAAGUCAUGCCAAAAUUUUACACAAUAUAGGGGAUGAAUCAGUGCAUCUCCAUUAAUGUACAAUCAGUUGUGGUUUGUGGCACUUUUUUCCGUGAGAAGCGGCUCGUAUAUGUGACGAUUGUAUGUAUGAGUUUCUGUAAAGCAAGCAAGCAGGAUGUAUUGCUAUAGUGUCAUAAUAACAUUGUCUAAAGUCCCACAAUUCCACAAAUGGGGCAACUAUAGACAGUGUACAUCAUUCUACAUGUUACAUCAAUUAUAAAGCUUUGAAAGGGUUCAAUUUCCACUUUACUCACAUAUAGCAGUGGUGAAAAGAUUUUGUUUCACACUGCUCGGCUCUCCUGUUUUUGCUCCAUGACAAAACGACAAUUCCGCUUAUUCCUUUACUCACCAUAUGGGAUAUAACAGCAGGAAUGCAGAGACCAAAAAAAAAAGCGUCAUAUAUUUUUCUUUGACACAGACAAACAAUGAAGCCAGUCUUCAAAUUAACACUGAAGAUAUACAUAUAAAUAUUGUCUGUUUAAACACAAUGCGAAGCAACGUUAAAUGCAAAAUUACAAACGAAAAUCCUUUCUUUUGCCAACAUGCUCCAGACGUUACUAAAUGAAUAUGUAAUAGGCCAAUCAGACUCAUUAGCAGGCAACAUGCCAUACAUAUCCCAUCACAUAUCAAGUGCCAUUUAAAACCCCCGAUCUCUCACUCUCAGAACGACAGCAGCAGGCCAGUCAAUUGCACAGGCGUCUGAUACAUACUUUGCCCAAAGAUUUACACAUUUGCAAAUAAACUGCUGGGUGUUGAAAGAGAGAAGGAAGAAAUUUGUGUUUGAUUUUAUUCUCACAGUAUCUCUUCUACCCUUCACCAGCUUCCCAUGAUUCGUUCUUUAACGUCUAGGUGGCCAUUGGCUUGGUCUCGAGUAUGUGUGCUUGUAAAAUAUGGUUUGAAUGCGAAGUUGAGGAUGAGUUUAGAACCUAGCCUUGAAAAUUCAAACAGCGAAUUAGUCGCAUCGGUUCUAGUGCUUCUAUAGUCAAUGCAGGUCACGCAUGUCUUUAGAAAUCAACAUCCAGGCGAUCGUCUCUAAAACGAUCGUUCACGUAAUUCCUAACACGAUUUUAGCUGUACAGAAGUCCACCUUAUCUACCACGAGUUAUCCGUAUGACUUCAAAACGAAGAUAAUGCUGUGGCUGAGUGUUUUCAUGACAGUAAGAAUGUUUGAAAACAUUCUAAGGGAACAAUUUUAAGUGUACUAGAUAUGGGCACUCUUCCAGUGAAGCUCCCUUCCCAAGCCGUUUGCUUUGUUGCUUCAAAGAGGCUUUUGGCAGCUUAAAUUUUAUACAAAAAGAUGCUUGAAACACAACAAGGGGAUUUUAUGAUAAAUGGUCAGAGGUGACAACUUUUUCGUUUUUUAUUGUCCGUAUUGGAACAACAUUUCACUGCAUAACUAACACUCUUCAUUGUUACCGUUAGCUUAGUCUGUUUAAAUGACACUGCUGUCGAUUGUCUACAUAACAUUUAGUGGCAUUUCAAGAUGCACUUAUCACAAGAUCAUGGGAACAAUUCAUACUUCAGCUUAUUAGAUUUAGCUUGUAGAUUCAUGGCACAACUUUAAUGGUCUUUUUCGGUCAACGAUGCAUCAAAAUAAAGUCUGCUAUUCUGUGUAUACACUCAAAUACUCAUCUAUAUAGUUCCCAGUCACCCGCAAACAGAUAUGAGAACUCUAAAGGACUCAUUUGACUUGAGAUAUACUGCAUCUUGAAGUGCAUCUGUAACCGUGUUUGUCCAAACUUGAUAUGUCAGUACGUAAGGUUUUCACCAGGUUUUUCCCUUUGGAUUUUUGCGUUCUUCACCUCCCAUCCCCAUUCUAUCCCACCCUGCACCUGCAGAACCACGGUCACUUCCCGAGAGCGCAGUCACUUCAGUUUCAUCCUGCAGUUAUAUGUUACCAGCUGUCAACAAUCUCUUACCUAUGAAUGUCCCUAGACAUCACUAACCAGGGAGCAACCGGCCAACAACAGACCUCAAUGCUUUUACAGGUGCUCUCUCUAAUCCAAACACGGAUCUUUCAGAUGGCCACCAGUUGGUAGAGCAGGUACAAGUCUGAAAAAGAAAAAAAAAAAAGAAAAAAUAGAACAGUUAUGUGCCAUCUUGAUUUAUCUGUAUGGAAGUAGGACGACAUUUUGCCAUUUGUAGGCUGAAGCAUGUAGUUUCUCGCUAGAGCAGGGACCCUCAAAUUCACUGUCCUCUCUUUCCCUCACCACAUCACUAACACUCCACCCCCUCACUUCCUGUAAACUUCACACUCUUCCUCUCCGUUUUUUUUUUUUCUAUUCUGUUCUUUCCUUGUGUGUUUUUCUUUAUUGGUUCUUUUGCUGUACAAAGUGUUUAAAAUAUUAUUAUUUGUAUGAUAUAAUGUUAGUAUGGUAAUGUUCUUUAUUAAGGAAGAAGAUGAAAUUUAUUUUUGUUACUGGUCUGUUUCAUAAUUCUUUUUUAAAUUGGUAUUGUAAGAUAUCUAUGCAAGAACUGUUCAGUGGAGCAUUUUUAUUUAAGAAUGUAAUAAGUGUAAUAAAUGGUAGAAUCUGAA